AGAGAGAGAGAGAGAGAUGGAGAGAGGGAGGGAUGGAGAUGGAGAGAGGGAGGAGAGAGCAAGCGUCAGCACUCCAUGCGUUAAAAGGGCAGAUGGUAACCGCGGGUAACUGAGGAGCAAACCACUCUGCUGGCCACAGAGCAAGAGAUCAGCAGAGAGAGGGAGGUGGAGGGAGGGAGGAGAGCCAACACAUGCAGCGCAGCAGAGGAGAGGAGAGGAGCAUCUGAGAGGAAGCUGCACGCCGGCUCUGACAGACAGAGAAAGAGAGAGAGAAAGACAGAGGGAGGAGAAGACUGAGUACUUCUUCUCCACACUAACAAGGAGGCAAAAAGAGAGAGAAACAAAGACAGGAGACAGGAGAUGGGGAGAUAGUGAGAGGAGGGGAGGAAAAAGUAUCCCCCCUGUCCACUUAGAGAGAUACAGAGAGGGAAAACAAAAGAGGGAGCGAGGGAGGGAGGGAUUGUGAAGUGAAGAGAGAGGGAGGCAGCGGACGGGAGAUAGUUAGAGGAACUGCAAGGCUGAACCAUGAGAGGCUGAGAUUUUCGGGAAGAAAUUUUUUUCGACUCAGCGAGAAAGAGAGAGAGAUAAGAGAGAGGGAGUCAAUGACAAGGAAAGAUUGAUUAAUGAAAGAUGGGAGCAAAACAUCUGGAGAGGAAAAAGACUUAAGAAAUAUUUAAAGGGAGACAAAGGAAUCUAGAGGGAAGUGUGAAAAAAAGAGAGAGAAGAAGAAUAAAAAAAACAUUUAGAGGAAGACAGGAGUAAGGAAGGAAAGGAGGAGCAGAGGGUGAAAUAUUUAAAAAGAAGACAGAAGCUGGAGGGAAGAUGAGCAGAGAGGAGGCAGAGUCAAAGAGUCACCGGCAGAAACUUGAAGAAGAGAGAGAAUAAAUCAGAGCAGUGGGGAGAGGAGGUGGAGGUGGUGAGGGGGAAACUACGCUCCUCCUUUUCCCUUUUCAUCCCCCCUCUACUUUAUAAAACAGAGGAGGAGAGAAGAAAUGAGGAGAGCAGGAGAGAGUUGAGGUAGAGGAGACAGACUUUCUUUUCUCCUUCACGUAGACACUUAGAAAACUCAGUCAGAUCCAAUGGCGUGCUACUACAUUGUGAUCAGUUCCACCCACCUGCGUGACGGACAGCUCAGAAGCAUCAAGGGGGUGUUCAGAGGACCAAUAGGAACCAACGGUCAAAGAAACACGGAGGAAGGAGACUCCAGUUUCUACUGCGAGCUGUGUGAUAAGCAGUACGUGAGACACCAACAGUACGACAAUCACAUCAACUCCUACGACCACCACCACAAGCAGCGCCUCAAGGAGCUGAAACAGAGGGAGUUUUACAGAGCGCUGGCCUGCAGGAGGCAGAGGAGACGCAGGGAGGAGAAGAGAGAGGAGAGAGCGCUGAGGAGGCUCCACAAGGAUGAGGAGAGGAGGACAGGAGAGUGUGCUCCAGGUUCUGGUCCCAUGUUCCGGUCCACCACAGUGGCAGUGGAACCAGCAGACCAGUCCCGACCAGACUUUGUGCAGAACUGGGCCGACAUCCAUACAGGCAGCGCCACACUGGGAACAAAGCCUCAAACCCAGCUGAUCCAGCCCUUCCUUCCCCUGGACCCUGCACUGGAAACCAGACUCCUGAGCAACACACAAUGGGCGUACAGCCAAAUGGACACCAACAACACUACGACGACUACUGCUGCUGAAUCCUGCAUCCUCAACAAGACCCAAAUGGACUACAAUGACCUGACAGCCACGGCCAUUACGGCCAGUACCAUCACCACCACCAACAACAACAACAACAUCAUGAACACUGAUAACACAAAUAUCAACUCUUCUACCAAAACCAGCCAUUUUAACAAGAUCCCUUGGGCUCAUCAUUAUUUAAGCAACCCCAUUACUCCCAAUAACAUCCCAACAACUGCCACUAACACCACCACUAAUGGCUCCAUUUUCAACAAAACUACCGUGGCCAACUUUAGCAAGAAAAUCACCACCACCGCCGCCGCCAUUUCUAACUCAACAGACAUCAGCAUCAACAGUAGCAGAGCAGUGUGUGGACCAGUCGGAGUCUCAGACGUCCAAUCUGUCCCCAGCAGGGUCCGCCCUGUGUCCUUCUCGCUCCCCAAAAGGAGCUGUGUCCUCCUCCACCAAUCAGCUGCCGUCUUCAUCCAAGCCGGGCGAGGCUCCGGCUUGUCAGGGAAGCAAGAAGGUGUGACAGUGCAUGACAGAGCCAAAGAUCUGGCGGAGAAAGUUGCGGAUCAGCGGCUUAAAUCUCCGGUAUCUGCAGACGUGGAAAAUGUAGGUGUGGAUCACUGGGACACUGGAAACCAGUGCAGUGUGGACAGUAAAACUGCAAUCCAUCACUCUGAGGCUGGAGCCAAUAUGUCUACUGAGAGGGGAACUGGAGGACACUCUGGGACUGGAGCCCAGGUUUCUUUAUGUAAUCGCAAUGUGAUCAGAGUUGAGGACUCUGUUAUCAGUGGGAAUGGAGCCCAGCUUUCCUUAUGUAAUGACAAUGGGACUGGAGCCCAAGUCAGCAGUGAAAGUGGGACUGGAGCUCAUGUUUAUUUCAACAGUGGGAUAUCAGGACAUGAUUCUGACAGUGUAAGCACAGUUGUUGCUAAAGAUUCAGUAUGUGGAGGCAGCGAGGCUGAAACCCAUGACAAUGUGGAGCUGAACCAUGCCCGAGAAUUGAAAGAUUUGCUUUGUCCCACAAGAAAUGAGCCUCAAAAAUCACUUUCUGGUGUUCUAAAUGCGAUCAAAGAGUCUUCAGUCCAAUCACAGUCCAAAGAAUCAAACACUGCUACAUCAAACUGGGCGAAAAAAUCAACUUCUUUGCCUGCAUGUCGUCCCAAAGAGCCGUUUUGUCCCGUGCUGAGCCGAGACGGUAGCAGAGUCCUUCUCUGGCCGACGGAGAUGGUCAGCUACACAAAGACGUCGCCCUCCAUCUCCUAUAGCAUCAACCCUCUCCUGUACGACUUCAGAGCACAUAACAGAGCCAAGGAAGGAGGUGAGGAAAAGAAAGGAGGACCGGUGGAAGGGAGGGAGAGAGUAAAGCCGCCCGUGAUCAAACAACCCGACUGCCAACAGAGGCAGGAAGUUAUGGAGGAAGUAAAGGAAGGGAAGAUAGAUGAAAGGGAAGAAGAGGAUGAAGGACGACAGGCAGGAAAUCCUAUGGAAGUUGCAGCUCACUGUAGCGGCCGUGGUGCAGUUCCGGACCGCUGCAGCUGCCGUGAUGAAACCGCUUUAAAAUUCGUUCCCGUUUCCACAGAAUGCCACCUUGCGCCGACGCUAGGCCUUCAAAACACAGCGAGGAGGAGGAGGAGGAGGAAGAGGAGGGGAGGGGUGAGGAGAGGAAUGAGGAAGAGGGGGAGGAGGAAAAGAGCAGAAGAGACGGACAGAAAAGACUCAGAGAGGGUAAGGAGGAUAAUAAGCAGUCUUUCAGAGAAUCAGGUGUUUGAAGGGAGAGGAGACGAGAGGCUGAGAAGAGAGGGCACGGAGAAAGAGGAGAGGAGAGAAAAGGGGCUAUUAAGUAAUCUUGCAGCGCAUCGGCUGGUAGGAGAAAGAGAAAAGAGGAUGAGGGCGGAAGAGAGAAGGAUAAGAGGAGAUCAGACGGAGCGAGAGAGGGCAGGUAGAAAUGACAAGAGAGGAGAGCUAUUAAGUAAUCUUCCCAUGAAUCGGUGUAAUCGGUGUAACCAGCUGUGUCUGCAGGUGAAAAGGGAGGCCAGCCAGCAUCAAUCCCAGCAAUCAGCCUCCGGGUGGGGCCAGGGACUCAGAAAGCUCCUCUGCAGGGGUGCAGCAUGUAACUCAGUGAUUAGCUCCGUCCCUGGGUCUGUUAUACAGAUGCCAUGCUGUCCUGCAAUUACGCCCGACCCGGCUGAGAAUGACAGAGAGACGGGGGAGAUGCACAGAAAUACACAAGCGGGGAAGGAGGAAGGGCAAAGGAAUCCGAGGAAGACGGAGAUAAGAGCUGUUCAGGAUGCUGAAGAAAACGUGUGUAACCUAGUGAUUAGCGGUGUUUCUUUUCCCCGUGGAGACGCAGCGCCAGAGCCAGAAAUUUGUCUUGUUCCUACACCUCGCAGGGAAACGGCAUGUGAUCCAGCGAUUAGCCUUGUCCCUGCUCCCUUUAGGGAAGCAGCGUGUAGUCAAAGACAAACCAUACCUGCAGGACACAGCAAUCCGGUGUCAGGCCCAGCCCCAUGCUGCUCUGCACAACAGACGGAAACACAACUGAGAAUUAGAUCAGCCUUCGCGGAGAUGACACUCCCCGGCGAUGUGAUUUCAAAGGAAGUGAUGUCGAGGAGCGCGGUAACAGGCGGCAAGAGGACAAGGGAAUCGCCGGAGUCUGGGGAAUCGCCGAGGAAGAAACGGAAAAGAGGAAGGAGACAAGCGAGGAGAGUGGCUUGUGAGCAGAGACAGGACAGAACAUCUGUUGGCUUGACCGCUAACCUCGGCGUAGACGAGGCCUCUUGCAUGCAGGACGCCACAAAGGCGCCUGAACUCAAGAGCAACGAGACUGAGACACUUCUGGCAGCUGAGUGCAGUUCAAAAGGCAACAAGGCGGAGAUGAACGCUGAUUGCCACUUUCUUUGCAGGACAAAACAAUGUCCGUGUCAUAACAUAAAUAGCAGCGAGGGAACAUUUAGUUGCGACACGACAGACAAACUGAAUAACUGCUGCCGCUGCGAUGACAGCGAAGGCGGCGACUGCAAUGCCAACGACUGCAGUCCAUUAAGCUCUGAUCCGUCUGGAGGCGACGGAAACAGGACUGAGAAACCUUUCAGUGACUGUAACACACCGAGUGACCACAGCGGGUGUGAUGAAACGCUCGACAGCAACGAGACGCGCGACGAUUCUGACAAUCCUUGCGACAAAGACGAGGAUCAUCCUCCUGAUCUUGUGGACAGUGACAAACCUACCCGUAACGGCGUGGACACACCUGUGGAUUCACUUUCAAAAGACGUUUGCACCUGUAGCACUAAUGAUGCACACGCUAACCACUGUCGAUAUGAGAACAAGCAAACAGAGAAUGAGAAAACAGCAGCUCAGAGAGGCGAGAACACAUGUCAGAACCAGACUGAUACCAAAAGUGGGCUCAGUGAGGAGGAUGCACCACAGCACAAAACUCACACAUGUAUUGAUCAAAGCGGCUGUGAUGGCACUGACAGUGGUCAGCGUGAUCAUUUUAACAGUAAUCAUGUCAUUGAUUGUAAUCACUGUGCUCGAGUUGUUAAUGCCCCGGAUGUGACGGAAGCUGUUGCGCUCAUGAGUGUACGUACAGAGCGAGCGGAGGAGGAGAGAGACGUUGAGAAGGAGAGAAAGGAGGAGGAGGAGAAACAGAUGGAGAGGAAAAGGGUAAAGGAGAAGCAGGAGGAGUGGGGCAAGGAGUGGGUGAGGAGAAAGGAGAAAGAGAAGGAGGACAGGGAGAGAAGGAUGGAGAUGGACUUUGAACAUCUCUACCCAGAGAAGAGGCCUCGUUUCCCUCAGACACUCCCUCCGCCUUGCAUCCCCCUCCACGCUCCCCUCCUCCUCCAGCCUUCCCUCUCUUCCUCCUCCUCCUUCUCGUUCCAUCACACCAUCAUCCAGCAUCACCUCUCCCUCCUCCCGCCUCCGUCGCACCUCCCCGUCCACUCGUACCCUCACCUCCUCCCGUCGUUCUCCCCACAUCUCUCGCCUUUCACUCUCAGUCCACCUUCUGCACCUCCGCCGCCUCCUCCACCACCACCACCACCACCCCCUCUCCCUCCCUCUUUUUACGCCUCAUCCCCCAUCCCUCUCCUGGAUGCCCCCGGUCCGUAUCCCCUAGCAACAGCUUUUCACCCUUUGCAGAGUCACCACCCGUCUCUGUAUCCCCCGCCCCAUCAUGCAGUUUUGCCCUUGCAGAUGUUGUUCUAAAGAAAUAAUUUUGCCAUUUUCCAAGGAAAAAGUUGUGUGGCGAAAGCAGCUUUCAUGUGUCAUUACCUGCAUACCAGAAGUGAGGAGGAUGAAAUGCGAGCAGGGGGGGGUGGGGGAACAAUUUCAGGAGGACUUAAGUAGAAAAUCAAAAUCUGACUUAAAGUCAAACCUCCGUCAUCGUCAUCAACGCUCUAAGCACUGAUUCACACUUCUGAAAAAAAAACACACAAAAAAACAUGAUGGCUAAUUAUCUUCAUCAGUCGCAAUCCUGCUCAAAAUGAGCCUCAGGUGUGCAGCCAGCAGAAUCGUGGUGGGGAUACACAGCUGGGCUCGUUUCCCUCGGCAGAAAUCAGUCAACGCUUCUGUUUUGAAUUUUAAAUCAAUGAUUUGCUCGGUCUAAAGCAUGCUGGAAACUACGGUGACUGUAAAGGACAGAUUCAUCACUGUACGCUCUCAGAUAUUUUCAAUCUGUGAGAAUAAACGCAGCCUCUUUUUUUUCGCCCCUGAGAGCUUCUACUUCAGUCGCUGAUUUUUUACUUUUCCUUCAAUGACCUUUAAGACUGAUGUGAACUUCUCAGCUCAGAAGUUCUCAGCUCGGGGUUAUUAAAAGCCGAUAACCUGCAUGACUUUUUAAGAUGCACUCUGUUUUGCCAGUCAGGAAGUCCAUUUUCCCCCGAUUCCUAUCUGCCACUGAAAGAUCUUGUCCGAAAUUAGUAUUAAAUUGAACAUAUGUAUAGUGCAAUUUGAGCACAAGCCAAAACAACAAUCGUUCAGUGUUACGAUAUAGUUUAUGUGCCAGAACAAAGAACUACAACUACAAAUGUCAGAAAUCAUGCAAACGUCAUGUAAAACAUCCAAUUCACACGCUUUCACAUAACGAGCCACGACAAACAUGUAACAACGGCAACAACUCAGUCUUAUGUAUUAUUUAUCUGGAGUGACGUGCGCAGGAUGUAAAUGGAUGCUACCCAGCUGAAAUAGAAGAGGGUUUGCACUCAUUCACUUUGCAUAAUAAUAACAUAAUAACAAACUGAGCUAACAGCAGCUACAUUUGGCUGUUGUUUACUUCACUGU